AUGUUGGUACACCUGCUCAUCUGGUUUUUCUUCAAAUUAAAAGUUGAAGUUAACAAGGCAACUUCACAGACUUUGUUGAUCACAGUCUCAAUGAUGCAGCCUGGUCAGUCUUCAGUUCUUCCACAUCCAAUUGAUAAUGAUUCUCAUGACAGGAUUGUCCUUUGCAUGAGAUUGCUAUGCAAUACUGGUGAUGAGAUAAGGAAGAUAUGGAUGCAAUCUUGCAGGCAGAGCUUUGUGAAAAUGCUUGCUGAUAAGCAGCGCCGUGAGACAGAGGAGAUUAAAGCAAAGGCUCAAAUUUCUAAUGCACAGCCUGAUGACCUUAUUGAUUUCUACCAUUUGAAGAGCAGAAAGGCCGAAUCAAUGAAAAAGAAAUUGCCAUGGCUGAGGUAUGAUAUGAAGCAGGCAGAGUAUCGUGAAGCUAAGGAGCGAGAAAAGACCGCUGCAAAGAGUUUGAAAAGGCUGCAAAAUUAUUAA